AUGCUUUGCUUUUACAGAAAGCGAGGGCGAAAUGCGGACGAGGAAAUCAGUGAAUUUGCACCGUUAAGCAAAAGAAUAAACAAUUUGCAUAUAAAUGGUUUAUCAGGGCUACGAGAAGCUCCAUCAAAUCCUGAGAACAUAGAUGCCGAAUGGCGGAAUCGAAACUUCAUGCCAUCGCCAAAUCAUUCGGAGCCGUCGCAGAGUUCCUCAUCGUGUGACGGAUGUGCUUCUGGUAGCAGCACGUUCAGUGCAGAGUACAGGCCAGACCUGGAUGCUAAUGACAAUCCUUUCUACUAUGAAAACAACAAGCUCCUGUAUUCUCUAUAUGUCGAGAGAAUGCAACGACAUCCAAAUUUUAGUGAACUACAAUAAUCGUGUUUUUGAGAAUAUUUCCUGCAAGCCUUAUUAUCGUUCCUGAGCAUUUAUUCCGCUCCAGAAGCAAGCGUGUUCCAUUAUGCGGUUGAGAAAUUUCUGUAUGCCAUAUAUUCUUGAUAUUUUUUCUCAAUGUCAUACUCGCGGUGCUCCUCUCCCUUUUUUCAUCGGAAAAUCUUAUAUUUAAGGCUCAAUCGUCUUCAUAUUAUUUUGUACAUAACAAAGUUCGAUCAUAAUCUGCCGAGACAAUUUCUUAGUGGUCUCUGAAGAUCAAUAAAUUGAAAUUGUUAUUAUUAUUAUUUAUAGAACUGAAUAAUUCGAUCUGGAUAUAUUAGAGGCCAAGUUCACGUCUGAAAACAUCGUAAUAUUUCCCAUUCUCUUUUCAUGGAUGAGCAAAUGAAUAGUAUAUUUAGCUAUUAUUAUUAUAAUUAUUUUUAUUAAGAUGAAUUAUAAAUAUUUUUCCAUUAAUUAUUGAUAGGACCUGCUAUGGGGACUAUGAAGAGCUGUCCAAUAGGUAAACGUUUUUGUCUCGAUAUGAUGUCACGCGAAUAAAAUGAAAACGAAGUAUUGAUUACGCAAUGAUCUCUUUAUUGAAAUUGUUUUAUACACUUUUUAAUAAUGGCUCACGUUAUUACAGUGAACGACUUCCUUCGUAUCGUCGAUUUUUUUCUUUUUGCAAUAUGCAUGUGUUCAUAGGAAUCUGCAUAAUUUAUCAUAUUUCUUUGUGAUAAAAGUAACCACCUAUUCAGAGGUGGUAAAAAAGAAACGAAAAGACAAUCGUACUGAAAAUCUAUCCGAAAUGUACAAAGAUUGAAUAAACAUGGUAAGCAAGA